GUUUAACCAAAUUAUGUGUAUCAAAGGAACGUAACAGAAUAAAAGUUUGAACAUGACUGCAAACUGUUUAUAUGUGUUCCUGUUUAUGCAGACCUUGAUGUUAACAUUGGGUAAACUGGCUAUUAAAACCAACUGCAAUGUAAAAGGAAGCCCCUGUACUAUAUCAUGUUCCAUUCCCGCAUAUGAACAACUAGCAUCAUGGAGUAGAGACAACAAGCUUAUGACGUCAUGUUCUGAAACUUCUUUCUGUAAUACGCAAUCCAUCCUGUUAUACAGUUUUAGCGCUAAUCGCACAGGAAUUUAUGUAGUUAUCUCUGAUUUGACUACAAACGAAAAUGGUAUAAAAUGGACAUGUACACAUGGAGUUGAUACGCCAGUUAGCAUUUCUAUAAGCAUUCCAAAGAGAGAUCACAUCGACGAAUCAGGACUCGCUGGUGGAAGUGUAGCUGGAAUAGUUAUUGGUGUCUUGGUACCUGUUAUCAUUGGUAUAAUCAUUAUUGUAUGUCUUGUUUUCCGGAAUAAAAAAGACGAUCGUGUUCGACUAAAUUAAAAUAAUGAAUACAAAUUAUAAAAUAAAAUGCAAAUGCAAGAAGAAAUUCAACUAAUGCGUACAAUUAACAGUAGCAAAUAAUUGAA